AUGGUGGCGGACUGGAGUCGUCUCCUCUCCCGGGUACCGGCCUCCUCCCGCGGCUUCUUCGCGAUAGCUGUAACGGCCGGCAGGGAGGGCCUCGCUGGGAGGGCUAGCGGGGUGGCAGCGGUGCCUCUGGAGGGUUACAUCCGGUAUUCCCAGAUCUGCGCCCAGGCUGUCAGAGCAGCCAUGAAGCCUCAGUACAAAGCGGAGGCAGAGCGGGUGGCAGUGGCUACUGUGAAAACUGUGAAACCCAAGAAGGAAUAA